GGCCCUCUCGCCGAGCAACGCGACCGCUAGUGCGUCUUCGACUGCGGACCCGAUGGCUGGUGCACCUGCGUUGCCUGCGUUGGACAACACGUAUGGGGCGCUGACGCUCGGGACUGUGUUCGGUCUUAUGCUAUACGGACUUACGGUGCAUCAGACGUACCGGUAUUCAAGACUUUACCCGAAGGAUGGGCCAUGGCUGAAGCGUCUAGUUUGCGGGAUCCUAGCGUUUGAGACUUUGCACACGACUCUCGGCAUUGCUGCAGUGUACUAUCACCUCGUCACGAACUACUUCAACCCCGCCACUCUCUUGCUUGGCCACUGGUCAACAAGAUUACUAACGCCGACAACGGGUCUCACGAUCAUUUUAUGCCAAAGCUUCUAUGCAUUCCGAGUAUACGUCAUUGGAUCGCACUACAUAUACCGCGUGCUCGUCGGUCUCGCGGCCGUGUUCAUGUUCACCUCGUUUGGCUUCAUGGUCGCCGCCACUGUCGAAGGAUUUAUCCUAAGCCUAAGCGACUUCAAACGCGUCAGCUGGCUUGUAUCGGCUAUGUUCGGCUUUGCGGUGCUUGUGGAUGUGUGCCUGACGGGCACGCUUGUCACCGUGCUCCUGCGUAGCCGCACAGGCUUCAAGCGGACGGACUCGCUGAUCGAAGUGCUGAUCGUCUACGCGAUUAACACGGGUCUUUUGACGAGCAUCUUUGGAUUGCUAUGCUUCAUCUUCGCGAUCAUUCUCCCGGGGAACCUCAUCUACAUCGGCUUCAGUAUAGUCGGAGUCAAGCUGUACGCGAACUCGGUGCUUGCUGUUCUCAACUCCCGCCGGUCGCUCUCGGACCGCAUGUUCGAAUCCGCCUUCGAGAUGGGCUCGUUUGAGCCGGGCCGCUUCCUCCAACCGCCGCCCCACGGCGGUGCCGAGGCCUGGAAGGCCCAGCAGAUGCCGGUACGGUCGCUGCCGACGAACACGGAGAUCGUGUUCACCUCGGUCCAGUCGAUGGGCGGUAACACGGACUCGACGGGGUUGAGUACCGCGGAGUACGAUAAGCGACACGCGCAUGAGUUCGUGUGAGGGGCGUGUCCGGUCACUGUGCGUGAGGAUGGUGAUUUAGGAUUUGAGGCCGAGGGUCACGCAUCAGGAAA